AUGACCAGAUACGAGCUGAGCAAAGACCAAGUUCUCGAGCAAAAGGAAGCUUUCGAUCUGCUGGACAUUGAUGGCAAUGGCAAGGUCACCUACCAGGAGGUAAAGGAGCUGUGGGAGAUGAAUGCCAAGCUUGGACAGCCGAUGUCUGAACAGGAGCUGUCUGAGCAGUUCACUACGCUUGACGUCGAUGGCAGCCAUGCCGUCACCUUCCCGGAGUUUCUCAAAGUCUACGUGAAAGGUGAGUUCGGAAGGGAUGUUCCUUUGCCCAGAGACGAGGAGACUCUUCAGGUGAACGACCUGGCGCCGGGCCGGACUGGUUCCCUCAACCACACGCUGGAUCCGAUUGAUGAGUCCAAGAUGGUAAUGAAGUUGUCCCAGAAAAACAGCGCAGCCUACUAUGUGCGGGUGGCGAAACUGAUGCUGGCUGGAUCGCAGGAGAAGCCCGCAUCAGACGUGCUCGAACUGAACGCUCUUGGCUAUGCAAUUCCGCAAGCGACAGCUGUGGCGGUCGCCCUUGAGCAGCAGCGACUUGGCAAGGUCCUCUCCAUUCGAACGGGACUGCAAGAAGUGCGGACCUCGGCAUCUCUGCACCGCGAGACGCUCAGCAUAACGGUGAUCGUGAAUGUAGACUGUGCUUCGCGAUCGGCCGCCAAGGACAUCUCUGGUGAGAUCCGAGAUGGCCGGACAUGGGCUGAAUUGGUUGAGGCUGGCUAUCUGGAUGUUGACUGGCGGGAUGUUGAGUUCCCGGUCGGGUCGCUGGAGUUACCAAGAUCCUUGAGACGUGGAGAGGCGAAAACUUUUCUGGCAUGCCGAAUCGCACUGGGCAGAGCAAGUGCGGUGAAGGAAGAGAGCCCCCCCAAGUUUCCCGAAUUUUUUGCGUCAUGCUUGGUUCGGAGUCAGCCAUCCCGCCUUGCAGCGAAAGCUCGCGGAGCUGAACAUGCGGACCCUGUUGCUGACUGGCAGCAGGUAUAUCGGGUACGGCAUCGGGAUCAAGUUCUACCUUUUGCCUUGUGCGAGGUGGUCUUCGAGGAGCGGCGCGCGGUUGCAAAACCGCUGAUCUGCGAGUUUUGCGAGCAGCGACCAGCAACUGUGUACUGCAAGAAUGACAACGCACACUUCUGUGCAGCGUGCGAUGCAGCACACCACUCGGAGAAUGAGUUCUUUGCAAGGCAUCAGAGGUUCGCCUUGGAGCAUUCACCUCUUCAGUUCGGCCUUUGCCGACAUAAUCCCUCCGAGCGCUAUGAAAGUGUGUGCUUGCAGUGCAAGACGAUGCUUUGCCGAAUGUGCAACAAGUUUGGAGACCAUGCGCGGAAGGAGAUAGAUCGGACGACAGAUGAUUUCUUUGAUCGAACAUUCCAAGUGGCGCAUCUGACAGGAGCACGAAGGGCACAGCCUGAUGUCGACCGUGGAGGCAAAUCCCAAAGACAUGUGAAUUGGAGCUGUGCCUUCCCGCCUCCCUGA